AUGAGAAACUUCCUCCAAGCGAACAAGUCAGAGAACAUUGAAAGAAGACCCAUCAAGUACUGCUGGCCUGUCAGCCUCCGAGUCGAGUUUGCCCUGAUAGCCCUCCUCAGGGAGCUGCCCUUGGACGCCCCCACCGGCUUCCACACCCCAGAGUUUCCCUUUACCACAGCAUUUAGCGCACCGUGUUGUCAGACUGUGAGCUCUGGCGAGCAGAGGUCUCUGCUCAUCCUCAACGUGCCCCUAGGACCUAGCACGAACACCCUCAUCAUCCUCAUCGCCUCCAAGCCCAUGACCAGCACUCAGCCCCAGCAGAGCCUGGAGGAGAAGUGCAAAUUAGUAACCUCAGAUACAACUCAGAAGUUGACCAAAGAACUGAUAUUCUCUCCUGUGGCUGGCUGGACCUUCACCCUGGGGGUGCUGGGUCCCUGGGACUGUGACCCCAUCUUUGCUCAGGCCCUCCCCAGGGUGGCUGCCCAGCUGGCUGUGAACCAAGCCAACCAGGGUUCCUCACUGGCCCUGGACUCACCGCUGACUUCCGUGGUUCUUCCCACGGGCUGUGACACCUCUAGUGCUCUGGCCACACUCCUGGCCCACGAGAACACUGUAGCUGUUUUUGUGGGCCCUGUCAAUCCUGGUUACUGCCCAGCAGCAGCCCUGCUGGCCCAAGGCUGGGGAAAGACCCUCUUCUCCUGGGUGUGUGGGGUUCCAGAGGGAGGAGGUGUGCUGGUGCCCACCUUGCCUUCGGCUGCCCACGUGCUGCUGUCCAUCAUGAGACACUUUGGCUGGGCUCAUGUGGCCAUUGUGUCCUCCCACCAGGAUAUCUGAUUGGCUACUGCCUGGCAGGUGUCCAUGACUCUCAGGGCAUACGGGCUGCCUGUGGGGCUGCUGACCUCUCUGGGACCUGGGGAGCAGGGGGCCACAGAGGUCCUGAAGCAGCUCUGCAGCAUGGAUGGCCUGAAAACUCAGAGAAGACUGAGCCGGGCAGGGGCCUGGGGCCUGGCAGACGGGAGGCUGGCCUUCCUGCCCUACGACACGCUGCUCUUCGCCUUGCCCUACUGCAACCGCUCCUACCCGGCCCUGGGGGGCUGGCAGGCACCUGCAGGAGGCCUGCGGUGCGGUGCUGUCAGCCUGGAGUCCGACCUCAGACACAAGGACUUGGAAGCUGCCGCAGCCAGCAGAGAGGUGGCUGCCCACCUGGAGCCAGAGCAGGUGUCCCCACUCUUUGGAACCAUCUAUGACGCUGUUGUCCUGCUGGCCCAUGCCCUGAACAGCUCUGAGAGCCAUGGGGCAGGAUUCUCAGGGACCCACUUCGGGGACCACACAGGGUCUCUGGAUGUGGCUGGCUUUAGCCAGAGGAUCCAGAUCGAUAAGAAGGGCAGGAGGCUGGCUCAGUAUGUCAUUUUGGACACAGAUGGUAAUGGCAACCCCAUCCUCCCCGAGGCUCAGGCACCCUCAGCUCCUCACACCCCACACCCAGCCUGUCAACAGCACCCUGGGGCUCCGUCUUUAGAAUUCGCCCAGAAGCAGAGCCCUGCUCACCACUCCCCUGUCUCCUCCCUGGUCCAGGCCCCCGUCGUCGUCUCGCUAGGUUACUGCAGCGGCCUCCCCACAGGCCUCCCUGCUUCUGCUCUUGUCCUGGACCUCACCGUGGCAGGUAAGCAGCCGCCAGGCGGUCUCCUCGCUCUGGCCCUGACCUAUGUCUUGGUGCUGGCCGGCAGGCCCUCACUUGCCUCAUCAGCCGUGGCAUCUGCAGGGAGCUUUCCCAUCCUCUGUCCCAGACCUCAGGACCUCCCCACCCUCCUGUCCAUCCUAGAGCUUCAUCCUCUGUGCUCCCUGAGCCUCAGCCACAUCCAGGAGGGGGCAGUCUUCUGCCCCCAGCUCUCACCCGGGCUCUGGCUGCCCCAUGAGAUCCCCAGAUUGAGCAUCCAGCAGCUGCAGCUCGUGCGGGGUCCCUACUGGAUCCUGCUGACAGCUCAGGAGCUCACCUUCAUCCACCGACCCCCGAGCAGAUGGCGGCCGACAGAGCCGGUCUAGGCUCUUGACCAUGCCCUCUGGAGGCUGCACGAGGACAGUGCAAGUGAAUCAAGAAGUGUCGCAGACGGCGGGAGCCUGAGGUCAGUGGCCCAGGGGUCAGCAAGGAGCCUGCCAGCCCCCCAGGAGCCCACCAAUGUGGCUCUGUACCAGGGAGAGUGGGUGUGGCUGAAGAAGUUUGAAGCUGGCACAGCCCCUGAGCUGCGGCCAAGCUGCCUCGUCUUCCUGAGAAAGAUGCGGGAGCUGUGGCAUGAGAACAUUGCCACCUUCCUGGGCUUCUUUGUGGCCCCUGGGGUCAGUGCUCUUGUGUUGGAGCACUGUGCCCGGGGCAGCCUGGAGGACCUGCUGCGGAAUGAGGCUCUGUGGCUGGACUGGACUUUCAAGCCCUCCCUGGUGCUGGAUAUGAUCCAUGGGGUGUGGUAUCUGCACCAUCGGCAUUUCCCUCAUGGCUGCCUCAAGUCCCGAAACCGUGUGGUGGCUGGAUGCUUUGUGCUGAAGGUCACUGACCAUGGUUAUGCAGAGCUCUUGGAUGCUCAGCGGGCUCCCCGCCCCUGGCCAGCCCUGGAAGAGCUGCUGUGGACAGCUCCGGAGCUGCUGUGGGGGCCCGGGGAACCUGGGCGGGGCACCCUCAAAGGAGACACCUUCAGUAUCGGCAUCAUCCUGCAGGAGGUGCUGACUUGAGGCCCGCACUAUGGUUCCCCAGGGCUCUCAGCGGAAGAAAUCAUCAGGAAGGGUUCUUCCCCUCCCCUGUGCCGCCCACCGGUGUCUCCUCACCGCGGGCCACCUGAGUGCAUCCAGCUGAUGGAGCAGUGCUGGGAGGAGGCUCCGGAGGACAGACCCAACCUGGACCAGAUCUAUACCCAGUUCAAAAGCAUCAACCAAGGCAAGAAGACCAGUGUUGCUGACUCUAUGCUGUGGAUGCUGGAGAAGUAUUCCCAGAACCUGGAGGACAUGAUCCAGGAGUGCACUGAGGAGCUGGGUUUGGAGAGACAGAAGAUGGAAAGGUUGCUCUCUCAGAUGCUCCUGCCGUGAUCUGUGGCUGAAGCUCUGAAAACGGGGACGACUGUGGAGCCAGCGUACUUUGACCAGGUGACCGUAUACUUCAGUGACACUGUAGGCUUUACCACCAUCUCAGCCCUGAGGGAGCCCAUUGAGGUGGUGGGCUUGCUCAAUGACCUCUACACACUGUUUGAUGCUGUUCUGGGCAACCAUGACCUGUGUAAGGUGGAGACCAUCGGGGAUGCCAAAAUGGUGGCAGCAGGGCUGCCCCGGUGCAACAGGAGCCAGCAUGAAGCUGAGAUCACCAACAUGGCCUUGGACAUCCUCAGCUCUGUGGGUGACUUCCGGAUGAGGCACGCGCCCACUGUGCCCAUUCACAUCAGGGCUAGACUGCAUUCAGGGCCCUGCAUGGUGGGGGUUGUAGGUCUCACCAUGCCUCAGUACUGCCUCUUUGGGGACACAGUUAACACCGCAUCCCAGAUGGAGUCUACAGGGAUACCAUACCGAAUUCAAAGCACUGCCCAGACACGGCUCAGCCUGGAUGAAGGCUACAAAAUUGAUAUCCGAGGCCAGACUGAGCUAAAGGGGAGGGACUUCAAGGAGGCCUACUGGCUGGUGGGGAAGGCGGGCCUCCCCAGACCCCUCCCCACACCUCUGGACAUCAAACCCCGGCUACUGCGACUCAGUCCAAGGUCACCCAGUAAACCGGUGGUGGAACUGGACCUCAACUCCAAAGACCCCACCACGCACGCCAUUCUGGCUGCCUUGUCAGGCACAGCCUCAUACUGCAUGGAAGAAAGGGACGCAGGCACAGCGCUUUUCAAAGGGCGGCUGCGGACUGGCAGCAUCCGUAGCACUGUGAGGUGGCUCAAGAUGCAGGUCCUGGGCCCCGCCUCAGACCUACUGAACCAGACUCUCGGGGACUCAGAGCUAAGAGCCUCCCAUGUGGCGGCCAAGCGGUACACAGCACCCUCUCCCCCCGGCAUUGAUGGCUUCGAGCGCCCAGGGAGCGGGUGUCUCGUGCCCCAGCUGAGAGCAGAAAACCAGCCAAGCCAGUCGCUGGCCACAUGCAUGAGGGCUUUGGAGCCUGAGGACUCCAUGGGAAGGGCCGCCGUGCCCCGCCCUAUCAGCUGUGUGACUGUGGCCCCGCCCUACCCCAGCCCCAGCCAGAGCUCUGCACCAGCCCAGCGGUUUCUGCUGGCAGCAGCUCAGAGAAGGGCCAGCGAAGGGUCAUUUCCUUCCGCGUUCAGCCCUGCCGUCACCUCUCCUGUUUCCCCGGCUAAGUGCGGCGGCGCCGACAGCGGGGGAAAUCGGGGCCAGGCCGGAUUUCCUCUGCGGACCCGCGGCUGCUAG